CUUUGUUGAUAGCAAGUGCACAAAAUGCAAAUAGACAUAUAUUCCCACUUGCAUUUGCAGUAGUAGAUUCUGAAAAUGACAGCUCUUGGGAAUGGUUUCUUCACAAAAUAAAGGAAACUUAUGGCGAAAGAGAAGGUCAAUGCAUCGUAUCAGAUAGACAUGAGAGUAUACUAAAAGCAGUAAAAGAGACCUUUCCAGAUAUAAUGCAUGGGGUAUGUUGUUACCAUUUGAUGAAGAAUAUAAAAAUGAAAUUCAAAAAAGGAGGUGAUGAGCUCAAGAUUGCAUUUAAUAGUGCAUCUAAAGCUUACAACAUAGAAGAUUUUGAAAAGAGCAUGCAAGACUUGGACAAUAUAGAUGUAAGAAUAAGAGAUUACUUGGUGAAUGAAAUUGGUGUCGAAAAGUGGACAAGACUAUAUGGCAUGAACAGGAGAUACAAAACAAUGACAUCAAAUAUUGCCGAAUCAGUCAAUGCAGCCUUGAAAGCAGUAAGAGACCUACCCAUCGCAACUCUACUAGAAUGCCUACAUUCAUUGGUGCAAAGAUGGUAUUGGGAAAACAAGAAUAGAGCCCAAAAAACUACAACAACACUGGCAAAAAUACCUGAAAAAACAUUAAAGAAACAAAGAGAUAUGAGUUUAAAGUACAAGGUUGAAACAGCAAACCUUCUGGUAUACCAAGUACACGACAACAACAGAUCUCACAUAGUAAACUUGGAGAAUAAAACAUGCAGCUGCCAACGAUUUGAAUAUGAUGAAAUGUCUUGCUCUCAUGCAAUGACUGUACUAAGCAAUAGGAACCUGUCUUGCUACAAAUAUUGCUCAUACUACUACACGAAAGAAGCUUUUAUGGCAACAUAUCAAGACAGUAUACUCCCAUUAGGUGAGGCAACAUCAUGGAAUAUACCAGAUUUAAUAAAAAAUAUUGUAGUCCUCCCACCUAAACAUAAGAGAGCUGCCGGAAGACCAAAGAAACAACGAUACAAAAAUGGACUUGAAGCAAAAGCACAAGUGGUAUGCGGUCAAUGUCGCCAAAGAGGACACAACAAAAGAUCAUGUAAAAAUGACCCAGUACUAAAACCACCAAGAAAAAGAAAAAGAUCAUAA